AUGUACAAUCAUCCUCCCAGUUACAGUUACAACCGAGGGUAUGGUAGGCCACCACCGUAUGGAUCGCACAGUGGUUACCAUUACUUUCGACCACCUCCACCACCACUGGUCGACCGUGACGUUUGCGACUUGGAUGCGUCUGUGCUGCUUGUCGUGAGCUCACGACGCCAUCGCUAUCACGACGGAAAGCAUCUCAACCGUGCACAUCGAGUCAGGUGCUCGGUGAUUGCAAGUUACGAUGAGGAGUCCUGCAAUGUUUGUUGCCAACAUGCCGCUCGACGUGACAAGAGCCUAAUGAACAACCAAUUCGUGGGAUUCCUCGCCGUCACGAAAGACUUCGAACAUUGGAAAGAUGAUGAACAUCACGACGAUCGAGAUGAGGACCGGCCUGAAGACAUUCCCGAAGAACAAUCCGAAGACCAUGAUGAGGACGACCAGUCAGAUGAAAAUGACGAUAUGCGACGUAAACGCAGUAGCGACUACGAAGACAGCAAAAUCGACACAGUUAAGCUACCAGAGAAGGACUUCAUGCCUUCACCUUACUACAGGAACGUGAAGUGCGUCUGCUGUGCUCCAAAGCGGCCGUACCCUCCGCAACCCAUUUACCCAGCUCAUCCAGUUUACCCACCUUAUUCCUCUGGCUCUCAGCAACCGUCAAACUACCCAUCACCUCCAUCCCCUCCAUCUCCUCCAUACCCUCCGACACCUUCACCACCUUCACCACCCGUAUAUCCCUCAGACUCUCAGCAGCCACAAGGCUCGCCGAGCUCUCCAGGAAUAGUCCCUCAGGAUAAACCAUAUUAA